AUGCAAUACCUUCCCAAGAAUGAACUGAGCAACUCCGUGUGUGAAUCUUCCACAUGCUGGCUAUGGACACUUGACCACAAAAGCUCCCCAAAGCUAUACGGCCUCGCGACACCCAAAAUAGCCGCAAAAUCAUCCCUCUCGACAUUGACACCUGAUCUCUUGGCCUUUAUAGUCACCCUAAACACCUUCUCUUCCCCAAUUUUCUCGAAUUUCAGCACUUUAGGCUCCACCGAGACCCUGAAACCAGGGGGAUGGCGAAUUCGUGAGGUGUACUUCCCGGGCCGGCCAACAUUCUUCACCUUCCGGGUCACGGUGACUGACCCGUUGAUAUUUCGGACCGUAAUUGCCGGGUUGUUGAAGUCAAGGAUGCUGUAA